UAUUUGUCAAACCCUUAAAAGCCAGUUGACAAAGGCUAGCUAAGGUUAGCCGUCAGCCGGGUUCCGUCGUUGUGUAGGGAUGGAGGUUACACGCAAAAAUUUUAAAGACUGUUUAGGUACGGUGUAUAGCGCAAUAGAAGAGGCUGACUUCCUCGCAAUUGAUGGAGAAUUUUCAGGGAUAAGCGACGGUCCAAAUGUCAGUGCACUAACCAACGGACUGGAUACACCGGAAGAGCGGUAUAUGAAACUUAAAAAGCAUUCCAUGGACUUCCUUUUGUUCCAGUUUGGAUUAUGCACAUUCAAGUACGACCAGACAAAGUCAAAGUAUAUCACAAAGCCUUUUAACUUUUAUAUAUUUCCGAAACAGUUUAAUAGGACAUCUCCAGAUGUAAAGUUCAUCUGUCAAAGUUCCAGUAUUGAUUUUCUGGCCAGCCAGGGGUUUGACUUUAACAAGGUGUUUUGUCAUGGAAUCUCGUAUCUAAAACAGAACGAGGAAGCUCAGCUGAGAGAGCAAACGGAGGAGAGGAGAAAUCAACACGCUAAUGGUCUUGGGACACCAUCUUAUAUCUCCCCAUCCUCCAAAGGUCCCAUACAUGUACCUGAAGAACAUAAAGACUUCAUCAACAGAGUGAUAGAGAAGGUUGAAUCCCUCUUCAGUAAAGAUGAGAAGACUUUGGAUUUGGAGCCAUGCACAGGGUUCCAAAGAAAGCUGAUAUACCAGACUCUGAACUGGAAAUUUCCCAAAGGUCUCCAUGUGGAAACCAUGGAAACAGAAAAGAAGGAGCGAUACAUCCAGGUCAGUAAAGUUGAUGAAGAGGAGAGCAAAAGGAAGAAACAGCAGGAACUGGAAAGAGAGCAGGAGAAACUAAAUGAUGCUGUUGGCUUCUCCAGGGUCAUUCAUGCCAUUUCUAAAUCUGGUAAACUUGUUGUUGGCCACAACAUGCUCCUGGAUGUGAUGCACACAAUCCACCAGUUCUACUGCCCCCUGCCAGAGAUCCUUCAAGAUUUUAAAGACAUUACAAUGUGUGUCUUCCCAAGACUUCUAGACACAAAGUUGAUGGCCUCCACGCAGCCUUUUAAGGAGCUGAUCACUAAUACAUCUCUGGCAGAGCUAGAGAAACAACUGAAAGAGUGCCCCUUCAAGUCCCCACAAGUUGAAACAGCUGAGGGGUUCCCCAGUUAUGACACAGCCCAGGAGCAGCUUCAUGAGGCGGGUUAUGAUGCUUACAUCACUGGUCUGUGUUUCAUCUCCAUGGCCAACCAUCUGGGAUCUUUCUUGACGCCACCCAAAACCUACAUCUCAGCCCGCUCCAAGCUAAUAGAACCUUUCUUUAACAAGCUCUUUCUGAUGAGGAUUAUAGAUAUACCCUACCUCAACAUCACAGGACCAGAUUUGCAACCCAAAAGAGACCACGUUCUGUACGUCACCUUCCCUAAAGAAUGGAAAACUAGUGAUCUCUACCAGCUCUUUAGUGCCUUUGGGAACAUCCAGGUGUCAUGGGUAGACAACACAUCAGCCUUUGUGUCCCUCAGUCAGACAGACCAAGUACAGAUAGCUAUGAACACCAGUCGCUAUGCAGAGAGCUACAAGAUCCAGACAUAUGCAGAUUACAUCAAAGGCAAACAGCAGGAGAAGGAAAAGCUCGGCCAGACAGCCAAAACCUGGGGCGAGGAUAGCUGGGUGAAACCUCAUUACACCUCUUCCAUUACUACUUCUGGGUUUGGUUAUCCCGGGAUGAGGAAGCGCAGCAUUGGCUCUGCUCAGGGAAACCAGGGAACUGAAGAGGCUGUAAUUGCAGAUGGCUGGAGUCACUAUGACCCUGACAGCCCAGGCAACAAGAAGAUGAAACUUGAUGUAGGUGGACAGGCAGGUGACGAGGCUGUCGAGAGCAAAACCUCAGAGGGAUGGCUAAAAACGACAGAUGCAUCAUUUUCAUCUGGGUCGAGUCCAGCUGCUGAAGAGAAAAGUCCUGAAGGCACAGAUUCAGGCAGUAAUGUUGACGGGACAGUUAACUGGCAACAAGCCCCAACUGUCCCUGGGAUGAAAGGUCAAAAGAAGAAAAAAAAGAAACCUGAAGCGGCAGAGUCUGCAUCAUUGUUUGAAGUCCCAGAAGUCUGGUAGCAAGAGCUGAUGAGGAGCAGUGAGGCCCCUGUCCCAAACUGGGCUUCUGUUCAGGGUGUCUUCCUAAGCACUUGGGAGCGCCCUCAACCAGGGUGUUAGAGCACUGGGACUGCUGUGUGCUCUAAAUGUCAUUCACUCACUCACAGCUGUGGAUGCAGUAUCCAAAGCUACCAGCCAAGCUACCUGACUCCACUCUAGUGAGAACACAAGCCAUAACCGCUGCCAUAUUUUCAAUCAGGCAGAGGAGCAGGCACCUCCUCUGGGUUAGCAUAUAUAAAUACUCUUGUUGUAAAUCUCAGAAAUAAAAAUUACAGAAUUUUUCACUUAUUCUUUGAUGUGUUCAGACUGGACUCUGCCAUCCACAGCCAUGCAGUCACUUUGGAUCUAUUCAGAAAUUUUAUUGACUCCUCUAAUCAGUCUUACUUUUUUUUUUUUUUUUUUGAGUGAGAGUUGUGUGCGAGUUUGUGCAUGUGCGAGAGAUUUACAUGUUCUCAAGUGUUCCCUGUAAAUUGGUUUCGUAAAACAAGAUAAAAUGCCACUGGACAAGUCCUGUACUUUACAAUGUCAGGGUUAUGUAGUAUUUUAAUACAGUAAUUUUUUUUCCCAUUUUAAAAAAAGUUGACAGCUUCUACUGUUUUAACACACACAUUGGCUCAUCAAUGACAAGUUGAUAUUUAUUGUUGGUGGCAUUUUGACCCUUCAUAAAAGGUGCUUGUGUGUUUGUUUUGUUUUUUUUUUUUGUACAGAACCGUUUUUCUUUACCUUUUUCUGUUCAGUGUUUUGUAACUGUGUCAACCUGUGACAAUGUCAGUCUGUAAUGCAAAAGGUGUACACGUUAAGAUAGAUUUUUGUAUACAGUUUAAAAAUCCUUAACUAUUUCCUUUUUAAAUGGGGAAAAAAUUAAAGAAUGUUUCUUGGUUA